AUGCAAGCAAGAAAAGAUGAGAUCCUGGCGAAGAAAGCCAAGCUUGCAGAGCUGAAACGGCAGAGAGAACUUCGUACUCGAGAAGUCUCCGCAAACAGGGCGAGCGUAGGGAGUUCAAGUGAUCUUGUAUCUCCGUCACCAGGACGAGCCGACCAAGACCGCCAGAAGUUAGAUGAUUUGAUAAAGAACCUUGUUGGGGAGGGAAGUAGGCCAGGCUCAACGGGUCCUGGGGGCGCAGGCUCCCCCGCUGGUAAAGGGAGUCGGCCAACCAGUGUUGUGAGCGCUGGAGAACUCAGCAAUGAAAACUCCGAGUCUGCAACUCAAACAAACCGGCAUUCUCAUCCUCUUUCAAUCUCGACACAAAUUCUCUCCACUGCCCCCUUGUCAACGAUCUACGAAUUUCAACCCUCGCCGGUAAAGGAGGUCUUCUCUUACAGCAAAGGCGUACAAACAACAGCAGAAUGGGGCACUCAGACAUCAGGGGCUCAGGCAUUCUCGGAUUCGGACUCGGAUGAUGGGGAGGCCCAGGCAACGUCGACAUCUGGAAAGCGAUUAAGCAGAAGGGAACGGGAUAGGGAAGAAGAGCUUCGACAAAAUAUAAGGAAGGAGAUUGAGGAAGAGCUCAAAGCGGCUCAAAAUGCUGCCGUGGAUGGUCCCUUGAUAUCCGAUUCCCAGACUACGGCUGCGGCAAACUUUCCGGCAAGGGCCCUGACAGCUGAGGAGCUCAAUGCCGUAACAUCAUCUGAAGAGUUUAUGGACUUCGUUGAGAGAUCUAGCAAGGUCAUUGAAAGGGCGUUGGAUCAGGAAUACGAUAUAUUAGCAGAUUAUGCCCUCAGCGGUGAAAACGGAAUUGAGGACGAUGAUGAUGAGUAUGGAAAUACUCGAGGCAGCAAAGGGCCACGACGAGUGAAAGAAGUGGCCCAAUUCUAUGAUGAACGAUGGUCAAAGAAAAGGAUGAUAAGUGCUAUCGACUUCUCACCUAAGUUUCCUGAGCUCGUACUUGCAGGAUACACAAAGAAUCCUUCAGCACCUCACGAUCCUGAUGGACUCGUCCAGGUAUGGAAUAUGCAUCUUCAUGACAGACCAGAGUUUGUUUUCCAUGCACCAUCAGAUGUGCUGGCUGCUAAGUUUUCUCCUUUCCACCCGAACCUGAUUGUUGGAGGUGCCUAUAGCGGCCAAGUCUUCUUGUGGGAUACCCGAGCCAAAUCGGCGCCAGUCCAAAAGACGCCUUUAACUGGAGCUGGGCACACCCAUCCAGUUUACUCCGUCGAUAUAAUCGGGACCCAGAAUGCAAACAACAUCAUCUCAUGCUCUACCGAUGGUGUACUCUGUGGCUGGACCGUGGACAUGCUCGCACAGCCACAAGAACUACUCACCUUAACAACACCUCCGCCAUCAAAGACCGAAGACCUCUGCCCGACCUGCAUGGCCUUCCCCCAAACCGACCCAACAUUCUUCCUUGUCGGUUCCGAAGAAGGGACCAUCUUCCCUUGCCACCGAUACGAUCGUGCCGGCUCAAAAGCAGGCGUAGAUCAACGGGUCAGCUACCGCGGCCAUGCAGCGCCCGUUAUGUCGAUGGAUUUCCACCCCGCCCGCGGGCCCGUCGAUCUUGGAGACCUAGUCCUGACUACGUCUUUAGACUGGAGCGUUAAAUUGUGGAGAGUGCGCGCUCCAGCCGCGACAUCAACAACUGGCAGCUUAUCAGGGGAGAACGCCGCUGUUGCCCCAGUCCUUGAUCUUACCCGUGAAGACGUGGUCUAUGAUGCAGCGUGGUCGCCCGUCAAGCCUGGCGUAUUUUCAGUCGUAGACGGAGCAGGAGGUUUGGAAGUGUGGGAUAUCACUGUUGACACAGAAGUGCCGAUUGCGAAGGUGCAACCUAGCGGUCGUAAGGAUGCGAGAAGCAUGAUGUCGAAGAGCCUGAACCGAGUCGCAUGGGAGCAAUCGGAAGGCAAACGGCUAGCCGUUGGCGGCCUUGAUGGUGCGCUUACGGUCUUUGAAGUCGGACCUGAUAUUGGAGGGAAGGAUAGUGCGAGGAAUGAAGAGUGGACGAGCGUUAAGAAGCUGGUGGCUAGACUAGAGUCUACGACGACGGGGACUGUUAAUGGCGUGAAUGGUUUAUAG